GAAUCGCAAAAUCCUAGGGUUCGUGAGACCGCCAUUCUCUACGAGUCAAUCCCCCUGCUGCCUCGUUUUCUUGCUCAGUAACCAAUGGACCCCCAGCCAGAACCGGUUACUUACAUAUGUGGAGAUUGCGGGCAGGAGAAUACGUUGAAAGUUGGUGAUGUGAUUCAAUGCCGAGAGUGUGGUUACCGUAUUCUAUACAAGAAGCGGACCCGUAGAAUUGUUCAGUACGAAGCUCGUUGAAGAAGACUUUACGAUAGAAGCUUGCAUGGAUGGAUAUUUUCAAGUAUGUUUGGAACAAUCAAAUGAUCAUGUAAACAACCAACAAAUUACCGAUGUGUGAAAUUUGGAUCUUAUGGUAUCUCUCAUUAGAUGCCAAUGUUCAUCUUGUUUAAUGGUGAAAUGUUUAUAGAGUACAACUAUUUAUCGUGUCUAUAUUUCAAAUGUGUCUGGUAUUUGGUAUAAUUAAGAUUGGAUUUGAAAAAUUGUCA